GUGAUCAGGUCUUCUAAAAGCAAAGGCAACGAUAUUGGACACGUGUUCGGCGACGAUUAGACAUUAACCGACUCUUCACAAUUUGAUAGGUCAAUAUUAGGUAGAUAUCCUAGGGUUUGUGUAUUCGCAUCAAUCAAUCAAUCUCUUCCUAACUUUUUGUGCAAUUGUUUUCUCUCUCUAAAAACUUUCUCUCUCUAGAAUUUUCUACCCUUUCUGCCAUGGAAACGGAACGCGUGACUGGUUUUCCGUUAACGAAUCUGGACCGGCGGCCAAGAAAGAGGGCGCGUCUGGGCUGGGAUGUUCUUCCUGAGCCACCUAAGGCUCAGCUAGGAUUGUUUUGUGGACAAGAUGUUGGGAAUGUGACAAGCUAUGCAUCUUCAAGGCAACCCACAGACCUUACUAGUGCUACCUUUAUUAUUAAGGGAGUUGCUCAAAAUGGUUCUCCCCCUUGGAGAGAAGAUGACAAGGAUGGGCAUUUUGUGUUUGAGCUGGGAGAAAAUUUAACAUCACGCUAUAAAAUCCACAGUAAGAUGGGUGAAGGUACUUUCGGUCAGGUCCUAGAAUGCUGGGAUCGCGAGAGGAAAGAAAUGGUGGCUAUUAAAAUUGUUCGGGGCAUGAAGAAGUAUCGUGAUGCUGCAAUGAUUGAGGUUGAAAUGCUUCAACAGCUUGGUAAACACGACAAUGGUGGCAAUCGUUGCGUACAAAUACGGAACUGGUUUGACUAUCGUAAUCAUAUCUGUAUUGUCUUUGAGAAGCUUGGACCAAGCUUAUACGAUUUCCUUCGGAAAAACAAUUACCGUUCAUUUCCCAUUGAUCUUGUCCGUGAGAUUGGAAGACAACUGUUGGAUUGUGUAGCAUUUAUGCAUGAUUUGCGUCUUAUCCAUACCGACUUGAAGCCUGAGAACAUACUUCUCACCUCCUCUGAAUAUGUUAAGGUUCCUGACUACAAGGUUUCUUCAAGGUCUCCAAAAGAUGGUUCAUACUAUAAGAGAAUCCCAAAAUCAAGUGCUAUAAAGGUAAUUGAUUUUGGUAGCACAACAUAUGACCGUCUGAAUCAGACGUAUGUUGUGUCAACUCGUCAUUACCGUGCGCCUGAAGUUAUUCUAGGUCUUGGAUGGACCUACACUUGUGAUAUAUGGAGUGUUGGGUGUAUCCUUGUGGAACUCUGUUCGGGUGAGGCAUUGUUCCAAACACAUGAGAAUCUAGAACAUCUCGCUAUGAUGGAGAAGGUAUUGGGCCCCCUGCCUCAGCACAUGCUGAAAAGAGUAGACCGUCAAGCCGAGAAGUAUGUGAGAAGAGGACGGUUAGAUUGGCCCGAGGGGGCAACUUCUCGGGAUAGUAUUAAAGCUGUAUCAAAGUUAGCGCGCCUUCCGAACAUAAUCAUGCAGCAUGUUGAUCAUUCUGCUGGAGAUCUUAUUAACCUUUUGCAAGGACUUCUUAGAUAUGAUCCUGAAGUUAGAUUAACUGCUCGGGAAGCUUUGCGGCAUCCAUUCUUCACACGUGAUCAUCUCCGGAGAUAGAACAAUUUCUUGCGUUUAACGUUUGCCAUUGCCCGGCUGCCCUCCAACCUUGAAUGCUGUACUUGUGUAGCGAUGACUGGAAGUGGAGCCCAUCUCUGUUGGCGCACUGGAGUUUUAGUGAAUUUGACUUGGUACCAGUGUACAUAAAUCCAAAAUACUGGUUUCUUGUUGUGCGUGCUUGCAAUACUAGGUUAUAUGGUGGCUUGUAAAAGUUCCGUUAAUGUGUGUAAAGAUAGUCUUAACCCUUGAUUACUAACAAAUUGCAUGUAACAAUCGAGUUCUCUUUCGUACUUUUGAGUUAUGAUUUUGAGUUUUCCCUUGCUCUA